AUGAGCCAAAUAAACACCUACAGCGGCCUUUGGAUCAAUUGGUCACACGGCCUAUUCCGCGGCGCGACGUUAACGUUGCCGCAGGAGUAUGCCGGCCUGCUAACCAGUUUCCUGGCUAUCUUUGUCUCCUUUUCCGGUGGCAUGUUUUGGCGCAUUCUGAGCUAUGCAAUCCAUCAGUGCAACACCACUUCGCACAACAAACAACGCGAUGCACUCCAUCUCUCGAGACAGGUUCUUUUGCGAAAUAGCGGGACGAGCAGCGGGGGAGCGGCAUGGUCGAUGACAGUCCUGGGCUUUAGCAUGCACAACCGCGCAUCACAUGCCAUCCUUCGCAUGAUACCGCUGGUCUUGCUGGCAUUGCUCACGAUGGCUGUUUUCGGCGUCUCGGGCGUCUUCACCUCAUACAUUACCAAGAUGCCGGGUAAUUCGACUCUCAUCCGCGGCCCUCACUGCGGCGGAUUUUCACUUACAAGCGCCAGUUCAACCAGCAUUUUCGCCUUGUCUAAUGUAGAAGGGAAAGCACUGGCCGACACUUACCAAGCGGCAACAUAUGCCAGUCAAUGCUAUCAGAACGAGUCUUCUCUGAACUGUGGCACGUACGUGCAGCCAAACUUACCAUUCACUACUGAGCAGAAUGUAUCCUGCCCUUUUAGAUCGGACCUAUGCAAUCCUACUAAUCAGUCGGCAAUCGCGAUGGACACGGGGUACUUGGAUUCUCAAACACAUUUUGGUAUCAACGCGGCGCCGUGGAACCGCAUCAAAUUCCGACGACGUGCGACCUGUGUCCCUGUCUAUGGCGGAGAUUUUGCCACGAUGUACAAUAAUUCCGAUGGCACUCAUACCGUGGAUAUUUGGGCGGGAACCACUCACACCGGACUUGCCGACAAUCUAACCUUUACGUAUAGCUCUGCGACGGUGGAAGGAGGCAUAGGCUACCAGCUAUCAGCUGUGUAUGCAUUGUACGACCCGCUAGGUACUUUCGAGGCUACACAAUGGAACCCCAUUUCUGCGCUCAAUACCACCGAUUCAGAUAUCACGCUGAUGAUGUUGGCUCAAAAUGACAUGGGCUACGAAAACCCGUGCUACGACCCCUGGAUAACCGCCACCUUAAAACUGGCCAACAUCUCCGAGUCAAUCUGGGAAGCAAAUGACUGGGUGAGUCUCCUCGGAUGCAUCGACCAGUAUCAGAUAUGCAACCCGACAAUGACAGGGGAUAGCGGAUGUUCAAAGCUUGGGGGCUUAGAGUCCGUGGCAGUAGACUUGACCCUUCGGGCGCCAGAGCUAGGGUUCAAUGACCUUCAAGUCGCGACAAUCAGCCGCUUCUUGACUACACAGUCAUACAGGGGCAUGUACUAUAACGUGCAGGGCAGAGGAGCAAACGCCUUGAAUGCCCAACAAAAAGCCUGGGCCAAUCUACUGUACUACCUCCCCCCGGAUCAAUGGGAGAUUGAAGUGACACGCUGGUUCGCAACCUCCCUUGCCCUCGAACAAGCUUGGUCGGUCGAAUGGGCGACCUCGCCGACGAAUUUCGACUACUCUCCCUCCGCCACCGUCGAUGUUGGCUGGGAAUACUCCCCCCCCACGAACGCCGUACAGAGGAAAUUGUGUCGAAAUCAACUCAUCCGCAGCUCAGACACGCAUAUCAGUCUGUCUAUUCUCGGCAUGGCAGUCAUUCUCAUCGUCGGGGGUAUCAUCAUUAUCAUCGGGUUCUCGAUCGACACAGUGGUGGGAUGGUUCCAGCGUGGGCAUUCCCGAUACAGGAGAGAGCAGUGGUUGGCAGAGGAGACGCUGGAGCUGCACGGCGUAGCAUAUAGAGUAGCUGGCUUCCCCCUUGAUGCUGGAGGCGAGUUUCCACCGUCUUCAACGCUGGGGUCUGCUGCUCCAGGUGUCGUGGAAGAGGAAUAUGAGACCAAGGCGAAUGGCUAUGUUCCAGUCACCCAGGCAGCGGGUCUCAGAGAGUAA